AUGUCCACCAAGAAUGUCGUCGUUGCGGGCGCAGGAGUCAUCGGGCUCUCGGCCGCCCUCGUGCUGUCCAGGCACAAGAACCUGAGCAUCACCGUCGUCGCCAAGCACAUGCCCGGCGACUAUGACAUAGAAUACGCUUCCCCCUGGGCUGGAGCUAACUACUUUCCUGUCGGCAAGCCGGGCUCCAUUCUGCAAAAGUUUGAGAGGGCUACCUGGCCGGAGCUCGAGCGGCUAUGUCGCCAAGUCCCAGAGGCUGGCAUCCACUUCCAGAACACGCGGGUGUAUGGAAGGAAGAAGGAUGCUGGCACGGCUACUGGCCAGUGGUUUGAGGAGCUGACAAAGGAAGAUGCUUGGUUCAAGGAUGUGGUCCCUAACUUCCGUGUCUUGCCCAAAAGCGAACUCCCAGAAGACUGUGAUACUGGCACCGAGUUCUCAUCUGUCUGCAUCAACACGGCCGUCUACCUGCCCUGGAUCCUCGGCCAAUGUGUGAAAGCCGGCGUCAUCAUCAAACGUGGCAUCCUCUCCCACAUCUCUGAAGCUGCCAGCUUCCACCCUUCUGGCCAUGCCGAUGUGAUUGUAAACUGCACUGGUCUUCUCGCCUCCAAGCUCGGUGGAGUCAUGGACUCGAACGUGUACCCGGGACGCGGCCAGAUUGUGCUCGUUAGGAACGAGCCAGGCGUCAUGCUGACCGUCAGUGGCACUGAUGAUGGCAGCGAAGAAGCCACCUACAUCAUGCAGCGAGCUGUUGGUGGAGGCACCAUUCUCGGUGGCUGUUUGCAGCAUGGCUCGUGGGAGAGCCAGCCUGAUCCUAACCUUGCACAGCGUAUCAUGCAGCGCUCCAUUGACUUGUGUCCUGCACUCGCACCAAAGACUGGAAAGGUAACUGAACUUGACAUUGUUAGGCAUGGUGUCGGUCUACGGCCCAUGCGGACUGGCGGACCUAGGGUUGAGAAGGAGGUGAUUGAUGGCAAGUGGGUCGUGCAUAGUUAUGGCCAUGCGGGUUACGGCUACCAGAGUGGUUGGGGAAGUGCAUGGGAAGCGGAGCAGUUAGUAUUGUCUAUUGUGCAAGACGACAAGACCAAGGCCAAACUUUAG